AUGACCAAAUCAACACCUCCUAUCCCUACCCAAACAUGGACCAAAGGGGCAUACUUCAUCUCAACAGACUCAUCACUGCCCCUCGAUAUUCUGAAACAAUCAGUUGAGAACUCCAUGUGCUUCGGCCUCUACUACACACCCGACCAGCCAGACAACGCCAGCGCAGGGCCCGAGUUUGUCGGCAUCGCCCGCUUCAUCACAGAUUACGCCACGUUUAUUUACAUCACCGACGUCUACGUGCUCUCCAGUCACCAGGGCAAGGGUCUGGGCAGUUGGCUUGUAGAGUGCAUGGGCGAGGUUAUCGAUGCGAUGCCGUAUCUGAGACGCAGUAUGUUGUUUACGCUCGACUGGGAGCGGUCGGUGCCAUUCUACAAGAAAAUCCUGGGGAUGAGCGUGCAGGAGAGUAAGAAUGGAGAGGGAAUGGCUAUGAUGAUGAAGAAGGGGAACGGGUAUCCGAAGUAUGACUAUGAAAAUGGAGUUUGAUUCGGGACGUUUUCGGCGAGAGGUCUUGAGAGUCGGUAAUCAGAAGUCGGUUACUUAUGAGGGGAACGCAAUAAUUACGGAGUAUUUAAAGCAGUUUAUUUAGACGGUUAGAGGAAUGGGGAAUCAAAAAAGAUAAGGGACAAAAAAUGACCUACGCAGGAUUCGAACCUGCAAUCUCUUGAU